AUGCUACUGGAGAAUUUUGUGGGAGCUGAUCAUAUCACUGGUAUUAAUAGUACACCGCAUAGUUCUUCUCCAACAAAGAAUCGUGCUAGAGGAAGAACUGAUAUAGCAUGGGGACAUUGUAGAGAGGUUUUAGAAGCUGGUAAUAAUGGAAAUAAAAAAAAACUUGUUUGCUUAUAUUGUGGAAAGGCUUUCGGUGGAGGUGGUAUUAAUCGAGUCAAACAACACUUAGCGGGAUUAAAAGGUGAUGUAGAUUCUUGUCGUAGAGUACCUCCUGAUGUUAGAUUUAAAAUGAAAGAAAACUUAGACAUCUUUGCUGCGAAGAAACGUAGAACUCAAGAAGUUCUUAAUGAGUGCAACCCACAUAGUUCUUAUUAUCGGGAACAAGAAGAGCAAAUGUAUAGAAAUUUGGGUGAUGAUGAUGUGUACGAGAUCAUCCCUCCUAGUUCUCAACAAAAGGAUACAACUAUUGAGAAAAGUCAAGGAAAAGGAAUGGGAGCUAAACAUUUGAAAGAACAAAAAGGAAUUGGUUCUUACUUCAUGCCAAGAACAGGACCUGGUAACCAACAUACUAUCAAAAGUGUUCUUCAGAGCAAAGAAGCUAUAGAGAAAUGUGACCUCACUAUAUCCAAGUGGAUGAUUGAUUCGUGUAUUCUUUUUAAUGCUGUAAAUUCUGUGUAUUAUCAACAAAGUAUAGAUGCCAUAGCUAGUAUGGGCCCUGGCUAUAAAGGACCGAACUUUCACAGUCUUCGUGGUUAUUUAUUGGCUAAAAAUGUUGAGGAGGUUCAGAAGUAUGUUGAAAGCUAUCGUUCAACGUGGAAAAUGACUGGUUGCACAAUUAUGGCUGAUGGUUGGACAGAUCAAUGUAAAAGAACUCUUAUUAACUUUUUAGUUUAUUGUCCAAAAGGAUCAGUAUUCUUAAAAUCAGUAGAUGCUUCAGAUGAAUCAAAAAGUGUUGACAUGUUAUACAAGUUAUUUCGAGAUGUUGUGUUAUUUGUAGGUUCAGAAUAUGUGGUCCAUAUGGUGAUGGACAAUGCUACAAACUAUGUUGUCGCUGGUAGGUUAUUGGAGCGAGAGUUUCAAACAUUAUUUUGGUCUCCAUGUGCAGCUCAUUGCAUUAAUCUAAUGUUUCAUGAUAUUGGUAAGCUUGAUGAAGUUAGUAAUGUCGUAUCUCAAGCAUCAAAAAUAACAAAAUACAUAUACAACCAUCGUUACCCAUUGCAUUUGAUGAGGAAGUUUACUGGAAGAAAGGAAAUACUUCGACCCGCUCCUACUCGUUUUGCUACUAACUUUAUUGCUCUACAAAGCAUAUUGGCUCAAAAGGAUCCAUUAAGAGCAAUGGUGACAUCUAGAGAAUGGGCUUUAUCAGCAUAUGCAAAGGAAAGUAAAGGAAAACGAUUUGUUGAUGAAGUACUUGAUUCUAUGUUUUGGAAAGAGUGCUCUACUAUUGUGCAACUUACUGAGCCUCUCGUUCGUGUUCUAAGGAUUGUUGAUAGUGAUGAAAAGCCUUCGAUGGGCUACUUGUAUGAAGCUAUUCAUGUGGCAAAAAGUGAGAUGGAGCGCAGAUUUCAAAGAAGGAAGAAUAGAGUGGCUCCUUAUUUGCAAAUUAUUCAGAAUCGAUGGGAUAGUCAAUUGCGUAAAAAUCUUCAUGCCGCUGGCUAUUGGUUGAACCCUUCUUUCCAAUACAAUAAUCCUGAUAUGGAAAAUCAUAAACAAACAAUAUCAGAACUUUUAGAUGUAAUCGAGAGAUAUGCUUAUGGUCAACCUGAUUUAAGAAGCAAAUUGACCAAUGAAAUGAGAUUAUUUAGGCAAGCACAUGGUGACUUUGGACGUUUAUCAGCACUAGCAGAUUGUCAUAAAAUGGGUCCUGAUGAAUGGUGGAUGUGUUAUGGUAGUAGUGCACCAAAUCUACAAACACUUGCAAUUCGAAGAAAUAGACUCGAGCACCAAAGACUUAAUGAUCUUGUUUAUGUGCACUACAAUUUACGAUUGCAACAACGGAAUUAUUUCAAAAGUCGAAAUUAUGAUCCUAUCGACUUCGAACGGUUUGGCGUUUAUGGCAAUUGGGUAUUAGAGGAGGAGCCACCGAAUAUGGUAGAUGAUGAGUUGGAGACAUUUCGUCGUGAUUUGAGUGCAUGCUCUAUACAAAAUGAUAAAAACGAUGAUAAAUUACAUUUUGAUGAUCUUGAUCUUGAUUGUGAUGGAAAUGAUGACAAUGGAAAUGAUAAAACAACGAAAAUGAGGAUUUUAGUAUGA